GACUCGCUUCAGCGUUUCAGACUCUCAGCGAGAGGAUCAUGGCGGAUGGCCCCAGGUGUAAGCGCAGAAAACAGGCGAACCCGAAGAGGAGCAGCGUGACAAACUUCAACAAUGGCUUGGAGGCCAGUUCAGACUCUGACGACGAGGACAAGCUACACAUCGUGGAAGAUGACAGCCUGCAGGACCCCGAGGUCACGGACGCCGACGGGACCGCCGCACUGGCCAGCCAUGACGCCGCCAUAACAGUAUUACCCCACAACGGCUCCUGGAAUGGAGUGAAAGAAGAGUGUCUGUCAGAGGGGGAGGAGUCGGAGUCGGUGAAGGAUGCCCUCGUGGAGGAGAUCCUGCAGCAGGGAGACACAGCCAUCAUCUAUCCCGAAGCCCCCGAGGACGAGCAGAGUCCAGCAGAGACAGGAGGCGCUGAUGAGAAUGGCACGCCGGACUCCUUCUCCCAGCUGCACACUUGCCCCUACUGCUCCCGGGUCUACAAGCGCAACGCCUCGCUGAAGGAGCACAUAAAGUAUCGCCACGAGACCAGCGAGGACAACUACAGCUGCUCGCACUGCACCUACACCUUCACGUACCGCUCGCAGCUGGAGAGGCACAUGAGCCACCACCGGGGCAAGGGGGACCAGCCUCUCGUUUCCCAGUCGACCGGAGGAUCCGAAUCAAGCGUAGGAACUCGCAAGUUCAAGUGCACCGAAUGUUCCAAAGCCUUCAAAUACAAACACCAUCUGAAGGAGCACCUGCGCAUACACAGCGGUGAGAAACCGUACGAAUGUAAGAACUGUAAGAAGCGGUUCUCCCACUCAGGCUCCUACAGCUCCCACAUCAGUAGCAAGAAGUGUAUGGGCGCCGCUCUGCCAAACGGUGCCACCCGGACGUCGAUAAAAGUCCCGCCCCCUGCCAUGCAGGUGCGGCCUGUGGUGAUCGCUCCGGCCCGCGUCGUCCUUAAAGAGAAGACUGAGAGCAAACCGCUUCAGGAGCAGCUGCCUGUCACUCAGAUCAAAUCCGAACCUGUGGAAUACGAGUGUAAGCCUGUGACGGCGGCGCCGGCAACCUCGACCGGCAGCAACGGGGUAGUGAACGGUGGGGCGACGCAGCCAGCCGCCGCUUCUGCUCCGACUCUGCCUCAAGGCGUGGCGAUGGUGGUGCCAACGGUCGGCCUUAUGUCGCCGAUCAGUAUCAAUUUAAAUGACUUGCAGAAUGUGCUCAAGGUGGCGAUGGAUGGGAACGUGCUCCGGCAGGUGCUGGGCUCUGCCAACGGAGUUGUGACGCAAGGGAAGCAGGGGAUCGUUGUGCAGCAACCACAGCAGCAGAUCAUCAGCCUGCCGGCCUUCGUCGACCACGACGGCACCACGAAGAUCAUCGUCAACUACAGCAUCAGCCCCACAGCCGCCACCGCCGCCACGACACAGCCAACACCACUCGUAGUCAAAACAAGCCCCUCCAAUGCCCCCGUUGUCACAGCCGUGUCUGCUGCAGCCCCCACAUCAACUAAAACAGACAAACCUCAAGCCCCAGAGGUGGCUGACCUCUCCAUUGUCAAGACAGAACCGGAGUCCGUGCCCAUAACUGAGGAGGAGGCAGAGUCAGCCACAGAGGCGAAAAUGGCAGGUAUUCAAAGUUUAGAAUCAGCUCAGAUGCCAAAACAAAGCAGCACCAGUACAUGUUUACUCUGCGACGACUGUCCCGACAACCUGGAGGGGUUGCAUCUCCUCCAGCACCACAAAGCAGCCAACGGUGAGGCUGUGGACUCGGCUGCUCUGGACCCGUCUUUCGCCGCGCUGCUGAGCGAGGCCGGGGUCACCUUGGAGGAGCCACCUAUGGACGAUCUUGUUUCACUACUCAAGACAUACUUCGCCUCUAAUGCCGAUCCAGACGAAAAGGAGCUGAAGAAAAUCUCCGAUUCUGUCAGUAUUCCCGUGGACGUGGUCAAAAAGUGGUUUGCCAAGAUGAACUCUGGGAAAACUAUGGGCAAGUGUCAUGGCGACUGUAAAAAAGUCUCCAAAUCAACUUCAGACACAAAUUCCAGCUCAAAGAAAAGCUUGGAUUUGGAAGAAGAAGAAGGAACUGAAAAAGAAAAGCUCGAGGAAGCUUCAGAUGGUGGUAGUAUCUCCCCGUCAGACUCCACAUCGCUCAGCCUCAACAACGGAGACCUUGUCAUCGUCAAGAGCGAACCGGAAGACCCCGAGGCCUCGGACUCCCAGGCCGAGCCCUUGGACCUGUCUCUUCCUAAACACAUUGCAGCAGCAUUGGAAAAGAAGGCCAUGGCAAUCCCUGCCAAGCAGCAGGAGCAGCCGCUGAACCUGACCUGCCUGAGGAAGGAGCAGCUCGACGGGCGCACCAUCUUCGUCACCGCGCCUCAGAGCGGACGGCCCGUCAACAUCGUAACCGCCGCGCAGCUGCCCACAUUGGUCGCCAUCGCCGGUCAGGGCACGGUGGGCUGCCUCGGCGGCAUCAACACGUCAAACAAGAGAACCAUCCUCAUCCCACAACUCACCUACACCUACGCCACUACGGCCGGCAACUCCACCGGGGCCAAGACGGUUGUGCUCAAUGGCCAUAAGCAGGAGAAGAGUCCGGAGAGCGGCUCCAACGGCGUCUCCACAGCUGAAGAGCCGAACGACUCCUCUUCGGCGGGUUUGGCCAAAAAGCGGCGGCUGGAAAACGGCGUCUACCCCUGCGACCUCUGCUCGAAGGUCUUCCAGAAAGGCAGCUCGCUGCUCCGACACAAAUAUGAACACACAGGAAAACGUCCUCACGAGUGCGGCAUCUGCAAGAAGGCCUUCAAACACAAGCACCACCUGAUCGAGCACUCGAGGCUGCACUCCGGCGAGAAACCCUACCAGUGCGACAAGUGCGGCAAGCGCUUCUCCCACUCGGGCUCGUACUCGCAGCACAUGAAUCACCGCUACUCCUACUGCAACAAGGAGGACGGCGGUGGUAGUGGCGGCGGCGGCGGCGGCGGUGGCGCCAGGCCCCCCAGGAGCCAGCCGGAGUUGGGCAGCCCCGGGGCCGGCCUCCAGUCCGACAGCCGCACCACCACCCCGCCCUCCCAGCUGGACUCAGACGAGAGGGAGAGCGAGGACGAGGAGGAGGACGACGACGAGGCCAUGUGCAUGGACGACAUCCGGGUGGUGCAGGUGGACGACGGCGAGUGCGAGAUCUACGAGGGGAACUUCGACGACGACGACGAGGACGAGGAGGAGGAGGAGGAGGAGGAGCCGAUGGAGGACGGAGAAACUGAAAGCAAGCAGGUGGAGGAGGAGAUGGCGUUCGACGUGGUGGAGGUGGAGCUCGGGGAGAACCACGGCGCGAACGCCGAGACGGGGGAGAGGAACGUCGAGACGGAGGAGCCGGCAGAGAAGACGGCCGAGCGCGAAGGAGAGACGGACAGAAGCAUCAGGGAAGAGUCGGAAGGCACCGAGCCGGCGGAGGAAGUGGUGACAGACGCCAAAUAGUGGAAGCUGUGUCCCGGACGGGAGUUUAGACACUUUGAGGGGGGAGGAACGCCGCGGCAGAUGCCUGAUCUUUAUCGGUCCACUACUGUGUACAAAAACCCAGGUGUGCCUGAACUCUAAAGAAGAAAAAACAAAAAACAAAAAAACAAACAAACCCCAAAACAGUGACUUUUUAUUUGUGAAGACAAAAUAUCAGUUUUUGGAAAUUGUUUAUAGAAGUACAGAUUUUAAACUAGAGCUCACCCACUCACUUGUUAGACUUGUUACUGAGACAUCCCAGGUGUUUUUUUUUUUUUUCUUUCUCUCCUUUCAGUCAGUGUUACUAAUCUUGUUCUCGUUCGAAGACAUUUUAACCUGUAAAGAUGAGAUUUCUAUACCUUUUUAUUGCCAUCGAAGUUUUCCUAAAAUCAGUAUUUUAUUGAGUUCUACGAACAAAAACCUCUGCACUACAGUAUUCCUGGUUUACCUACGGAUACAUGCCUCAUGCAUCGUAUGCCCUUCAGUGUUAUAUUUGUGCACUAGCUAGCACGGUGUCGUUUGUUGUUAGCGUUUAGUCUCUGCUAGCUAGCAUUACGUUUGUUUUCAGUUUUGACUGUUAGCCUUAAGGAAAUCAAAGUAUUCUUGGGGAACGGGGGAGGGGAUCCGGGACGAGAAUGCGGCUUUCUGUAAACGCCAUAACCAAAUUUUUUUCCUUAUCAGGGAAGGUAGAGUCACGACCUCAAAAGCCAGCAUCGGGCGCGUUAUGUCUGUCUUUGGCCGCCGGGCGCCGCCUCGGGCCUCGAGGCUCCGCCACAGACACGCCCACUUCUAACCAAGCUCCUCUUUAUUGUUUCAGUGUUUCAGUAUUAUCAGCUCAUAUAUGAAGUCAAGAGUUCUACGUGAAGGAUCGGGACUGUUUUCCUGUUUCCACCCCAAUGCCUCCAGCCUUAUGCAAGACCUGUGUGCUGUUAAAAGUGCCAUUGAACAGUGUUAUUAUUUCUUCUUCUUCUUCUUCUUCUUCUUCUUCUUCUUCACACAUGUAGCCAGUAUUAUUGUCCCUCUGUUACUUACACGAUGCCCACGUUGACUAAUGUUUGUUGACUUGCACAGAACAGCAAAAUUUUGUCACAAUCGAAGCAUCCGAGGCCUUUUUUUUUGUUUUGUUUUUUUUUUGAGUUUUUAUGUGAAAAGGAGGGAAACAGUAUUUAGGCUUCAGAAAAAAAAGUAAGUAAACUUACUAUUUUAUUUUCUCAGUUUUGUCUGCAGAUUGGGAAAAAAAAAGUAGUGAAUUGUGUCUUGUUUUAUCUGCCAAACUGUCUGGAACAGGGAUGUCAAAAAAAAAACCAACAAAAAAACAAAAACAAAUUGGUCCAUUCUGGCGUUGAAUGAAUUGGUUUUAACUAUUUUAGCGAGAUGAUCUGACGUAACACUACACUGACACCCAGAACUGAGCAGCAAUCUUAAAAAGUUCGUGAAAUUUGUGCACUUCUUGAAAUAAAGGUCCAUGUUUGGAGUGGAUUAUUAUGAAUUGGAUGAGUUUGACGCCCCUCGAUCUAAAAACGACUGAGUUUACAUCCGGUGAGUUCGAAGAAGCUGCACGUUAUCACAUAGGAAAAGUUACGACUUGAACAUUUUUGAAAACGUCUCAUGGCUUCUUGAACCUACCGCCUGACUUAUUGGGGGUUUUUUUUCUUCGUGAUACCUGUGAAUACAUAUUUGCUGAGUAGUUUUGUUAACUCAGCUUCAGCCAAAAAUCAGAAACUGUUACUCCAAUAAUGUAAUAAUGGACAAUAAAGCCAAUAACUUGCCAAUAAUAUCAGAACAUAUAUUGAUAUAUUAUGAAGUGGCUUAAAAAUACUUGGAAAAUGUGUAACUGCAGCAAAUUUUCUAAGAAAAACACAUUUUUAUGCAUUUUGCUUAUUAAAAUAACCCUCAUACUCACACUAUGCAGCUUUCUCUCUCAAUUAUGGUUCUAAAAUGAUUUUUUUUUUCUUAACCCUUUAGUGUAAUUAUUCCAUUGGAAGUGGAAACUAAGGAUUCCGUUAUUGGCAGAUAUUCCAUUAUUGGUCAGUGUUACAUUAUUGGCAGUCCAGACCGAGCUGUCCUGUGGAUUUGAAAAAAAAAAAAUGCCUUUUUAACCGCGAGAUAAUCAGUUUGCUACGUCAGUUCUUGCGCUAACUUCAGCAGGUCGGCUCAGGAACCCAGCAGAACUCACAGAAUCCAGACCAAGUCCCAACACUUCUCCACACGUAUGCACUUGUUUUCAGAUUAGAGAUAAAUUUGUGGCAAGCUGUCCCGCACUUCAGGUAACAAGCGUUAGUGAAUGUUGGUUUUCAGUUGGUUUUACCGAACAGUGUUUGUAGUAUUUUAAUUUCUUUUUGUUGUUGGUGUUGUUGUUGUUGUUGUGUGUCCUCUGUAUGUUUUUGUCUACAAUGGCAGUAUUAGAGCCCUUUUCACAGAUUAAGAAUUAAAAAAAAUAAAACAACAACAAAAAAGUAUACCUGUUUAGUUUUUAGAAAACUUUUUUAUAUUUAUGUGUCUUAUUUUUAUAUUUUCUUUUAUGGUUAUUUAUUACACAUUGUAGUGUACAUUACUGUAGUUUGAAUUGAUACAAUAAUAUAUUUUAGUAUGAAAAAUAAUCUCAAGACAAACAAAAAAAAAAGUAAUCCCAACAUGUGGUUCUGGGAGCUGAGGUUUGUUUUCACAGAAAGAAAAGAAAAAAAAAGAUGUAUUCUGUAAACUUGACUUCUGUUUUAAGCUAAAA